CAGCCUUUGGUUUCUAGUGCGCUCGGAUCUCGGCGAGGCCGAGCCCCCUUUGCCCCAAAACCCGCACGCGAGGAGGAGAGGCAAGUGACGGGCGGGAUGGCGGACGGAUUCGGAGCCGCCCCAAAUGGAGCUUGGAGCUCGCCCACCGUCAGCGGCGAAAGUGGACAAGAUCCAGACAGUCCAUCGGGUGGUCACGUGGAGUGGUGUAAACAACUGAUUGCAGCCACCUUGUCCAGUCACAUCUCAGCAGUGUCUGCAAACUCCGACGUCACCACCGAGCGGGAUUCUUCGGACGAGAGUCUCCGUCGCCACUGGAGACGCCGACUCCGAGCAUUCCACCGACGCGUCGGCGCGCCAAUCUCAUCCCGAUGUCAGAGUUACGCGAUGACGCGUCCCAGUCGGAGGACAGCUUUGAAUUGGGCCGACGCUACGGAAGGAAGGAGUCGUCGGAGGCUGAAAAUGACGCAAAAAGCAAAUGCGGUUCCUCUCCUGCCGGGGGAAAAAAUCCAGAUGAUCCUGGAGGACGUGACGUACAUUUGUCCCUUUAGCGGAUUGCUCAACGGCACUCUGACCAUCACGGACUAUAAGCUCUACUUCAGCAGCAUGGAAAGGGAAUCUCCAUUUGUUCUGGCCGUGAACCUGGGCGUCGUCAGCCGCCUGGAGACCGUGUGCAUUCCCGACCGAGGCGAGAACACCGAGGGACUGGAGCUGGUCUGCAAGGACCUGAGGAGCCUGAGGUUCGCCUACGAGACGGAGACGGGCCGCGCGGACGUGGCGGAGACGCUGACCUCGCGAGCGUUCCCGCUCUCCCGUGAGAUGACCUUAUUCACCUUCCGCUACGAGCAGCGCUUCCCCGUGGACGGCUGGAAGGUUUACGAGCCGCUGGCCGAGUGGCGACGGCAGGGUCUCCCCAACGAGAGCUGGACCAUCAGCCGACUGAACGCGUCCUACCAACUGUGCGACACGUACCCCGCCGUGCUGGUGCUCCCCGCCGACAUCUCGGACCAGGACGUCGAGCGGGUGGCGGCGUUCCGAGCCAAACGACGCAUUCCGGUGUUGUCGUGGAUCCACCCCGAGUCGCAGGCGGCCCUGGUGCGCUGCGGCCAGCCCCUGGUGGGCCCGUCGGACCGCCGCUGCAAGGAGGACGAGCGCCUCCUCCAGAUCGUCGUGGACGCCAACGCGCAGUCCCACAAGCUCAGCAUCUUCGACGCCCGACGGUUCAGCGAGGCACGCAGCAAAAAAGCGAAGGACGGCGGCUACGAGAGCGAAAGCUUCUACGCCAACGUGGAACUCAACUUCCUGGAGAUCCCCAACAUCCACGUGAUGCGCGAGUCCCUCCGGAAGUUGAAGGACGUGGUGUACCCCGCCAUCCACCAAGCGCGCUGGCACUCCAAUGUUGACCACACGCACUGGCUUCGCUACAUACGGCUGCUGCUGCGCGGAGCGUCGCAGGUGGCGUCCAAGCUGGAGCGCGCGCAGACGUCGGUGCUGGUCCACUGCGGUGACGGCUGGGACCGGACGGCUCAGUUGACGUCUCUGGCCAUGCUCAUGCUGGACGGACACUACCGCACGCUCCGAGGGUUCCAGGUUCUCGUGGAGAAGGAGUGGAUCGGCUUCGGACACAAGUUUGCCGCCCGCGUGGGCCACGGCGACGUCGACCGCGGCGACUCGGAGCGCUCGCCGCUCUUUGUCCAGUUUGUGGACUGCGUGUGGCAGAUGACCCGGCAGUUCCCGGCGGCGUUCGAGUUCAACGAGCUCUUCCUGCUCAUGCUGCUGGACCACCUAUACAGCUGCCUCUUCGGAACCUUCCUGUGCGACAGCGAGCGGGAGCGCGCGGCCCAGGAGGUCCGGACCAGGACGGCGUCCCUGUGGUCCUACAUCAACAGCCAGCUGGAGGACUUCGGCAACCCGCUGUACGUCCGCGACGGCCAGCGGGUGCUCCGCCCGCUGGCCUCCUGCAGGCAUCUGGAGCUGUGGACUAAUUACUACGCGCGAUGGAACCCGCGCACGAGACCGCAGGUGCCGCCGCAUCAGUCGCUGAAGGAUCUGCUGCUGUUGCGGACCGAACUCGAGCGGCGGGUGGAAGAGCUGCGCGGGGAAGUGCGCGCCGACUCUCCGGCGGCGCCGCGCCGGCCGUCGCCCGACUGCGCCACUGGGACCGCGGCGCUGCGCAGCGCGGUCUGAUGCACGCACACGCAUUUGCUCCACAGGUUUCUGUGCGUGUUUACCGUGAACUCUCAAUCCGGAGUAUACACUGCAUCGGAUUUAGUGUCUUAGUUUUCUAGAUGACGGAAACGCUCAGCUGUAAAUUUGUAAGGUGCUUUGCGCGCGCGCGCGCACAGUCAUGGCUAAAAAUAUGGGCACCACUGCGCUACCAAUAUUUUGACAGGAAUUAUAAUUGCGUAGACUAAGUAAUUGUUUCCAAGGACAGAAGUAUCAAUGCGCACAGAGCAUGGCAAACAUUGUCCAGUUCUGUUUUGUUUGACGCAUGCGCAAAGGUAGGCAUUUACCGUUUAAGAAAACAAAAGCUACUAAAAUACAAAGUACGAGGCGGGUAGAACUUUUUUGAGAAUGGAUACUCGCAAUUCUGGGGUUUGUAUUAUAUGAUCUGGAACCACUGAGUCAAGCAACACAUUUUUCCAAAAAUGCGGGCUCACUGCGGCGUCAAUCUCUCAGGGCCUCCUCCGGAUCUUGUUGUUGAGUCGCGUGAUGCGCUGAUGGCGCUCAGCUGAAAACCCGAGAGAACCUUCGUUCUCUCAAUGGGGAGACGCUUCCGUGCUUUGGAGAAGCGCAUUCACACAUUUCUGAAACGGCAAACAUCAUGACGGCGUGUAUCCUCGGAUGCCGUAGCAAUUAAAAUGUAUUCUCUAUUUUCAAGGAGAGAGGCACUGUUAUAAAAUCAUGAUGCGAAAGUUGGAUUGCUUUCAAGAAAGAAGUUUUAAUCUUUACAUGAACAAAGAUGUGCUAACCUGACCUCGAGGUCGUAAUGUUAUCAGAAGUGUUUCCAAAUUAUUGUAAUCGAAAUGUUAGUUUAACAAUGAUGGAAAGUCAUAUUUGAAGUGUAUUUCAAGAACUGUGAAAAUAUUCUUUAUUCUGGAAAAAGACACCUUUAUGCUCUUAAAAAUGAUUUGUUUUUAUUUUUAAAAACGAAAUUGUGAUUAUACGUCGCUAUCAUAUCCGAGCUUUCCCUUGGCCCCAGAUCAAGGUAGGCCGGCGGACAUCUUCCCCACGUGUCGCUUUGCGCCCGCUCUAUUGAUGAUUUUGCAGAGCGCAGUUUGAGAAGCUUCGCCCAACCGAUGCCGUCGUCGUGCUCCCAAGCCGCUCUUUUCUCUUUGCGCUCAUUAUGUCCCGCUCUGUGUACGAUGUUUCACACAAAACGAGAAUAAAAGCUCCCGGUCUCAA